UGUGUACGUGCGGCUGUCGCAGGGCGGGGAAAGUCCCUGCUGCUAAGGAUUAGGCUGCUGGGGUGCGGUCAGGGCUGGGGCGCGGCGGCGAGGGGCCGGCCCGCUACCCCGGCGGUCUUUAAAUUCCCCCUUCCUCAGGCGGGCUUGUGCACGCUUACCUGCCAGACUGCAGCGAGUGUCCCACCACUCUGCACUUCCAGCGACUUUUUUUCAUCUGUUUUAGGCAGGAAAUGCUGUUGCUUGAUUGCAACCAGGAGGUGGAUAGUCUGAAGCAUUUGCUGGAGACGGGGGCCUCCGUCAACGCACCCCCGGAUCCCUGCGAGCAGUCUCCUGUCCACUUAGCUGCAGGUGGCGGCCUUGCUUGCUUUCUUCUCUGGCAGCUACAAACGGGCGCUGACCUCAACCAACAGGAUGUUUUGGGAGAAGCUCCACUACACAAGGCAGCAAAAGUUGGAAGCCUGGAAUGCCUUAGCCUGCUUGUAGCCAGUGAUGCCCAAAUUGACUUAUGUAAUAAGAAUGGGCAAACAGCUGAAGAUCUUGCUUGGUCAUGUGGAUUUCCGGAAUGUGCCAAGUUUCUUACAACAAUUAAAUGGAUGCAGACAGUAAAAUCAAGUCAACUGUCUGAUAGGGAUCAUUGUGUUCCAGUGCUCAGACAGAAACGAAGUUUUGGAAGUGUAGAAAACACAAAUGGGAAAAGGAAGCGUUGAUGUCACGUUGGUUAUGAAGAGGUGUGAAGAAGGCCUUCAUUUCAUGCAGAUCUACAAGCUCUGGCUUUUGGCUUACCGUAUGUGUCUAAACUCCUUCUAAGAAGGAGGAAAACUUUCUUCCACAUGAAGAUAACACUUAAGAAUACAUGUAUUUACAUGCCUAUAAUAUUUUGGUUGUGCAUGCAUGCUUUCUCUUUUAAGUUAUUAAAGGACUGUUUAAAGAGUAAAUCCUCUGUGCAGUAUUUACAUCCUUUGAAAAAAAUCAAUAGUUUAAACCAUCAAACUAUACCCAGGAUUUAAUUUGGAGUUAAACUUAUUCUUUAUUAACAAAUUUAUAAUACCACUUUACUUCAGUCUUUGAGUCCAAGACAUUUUAAAUAAUAUUUGGUCGCUGAGGAAGACAUAAGUUAUAGUAAGCAUCCUUGUUCCAAAAGUCUGGGCCCUUCCAUCCACACCAGCCCUGGAUUUGGGAGAAGGGAAAGAAAAACUUUUUAUAACCUUAUAAGACUACAUGACGACAGUGUUAAUGUGAGGCUCUGUCAGCAGUACCUUGGAAUAACACUCUUAAUACCAGUCUAAUUCAAGGAUUUUAAUUCCUAUUAAGCAUAGAAAAGUAACGUAUUUGGGUCCGUUUAUGGCAGAUUUUAAAACUUUUGAUUGUGUAGUAUUUAAUCAUAGAAAUCAUCAAAAAAGAAAACCUUCAUUAUAGUAACUUACGCCAGAUACCACACUUUGUUGAUUCUAAUAUGUAUAGUUUUACAAAUCUGGCAGUUGAUAGCAUGUGAUAGUUUAAUUGGCACUGUUUUUCUUAGUGGUCCAUAAAAGACUACCAUUCAGUGGCACCUUAGGUAUGAUCAAAUAUGGUAGUGAGAAAUCUGAGCCUGUCCCAUCAUUUGCAUUCUAUGUCCCUUCCUUUUCCUCAGGCUGUAACCAAUUCUGCUUUCCAUUCUUCAUGUCAUUGUUAAUCCUUUUCCCCAGCAGAGAAAAUUACUUUCAAACAGAAUCUCAUUAUGAAUAUGAAAGUUUAUCACAUUUCUUCUAGGGCCACUGAUUUAUUUUCUUAAAGAAGAAAACUUGAAGAAAAAACUGACUGGUCUGUUAUAUCAUUUCCAAAUAAAAUGCUUUGUUUGAGAAAUACUUGUGAAGAAGCUAGCUGAGGACUCUUAAAAUACCGCUGAGUGAGUGACAAGUAGCGGUUUUAUUCCUUACUCUAACUCUGGAGCUGCUGGAUAUUCUGGCAGGCACCCCCAAAGUCAAAGUUCAUAGUUUCUAUUAAAGACAUUGUGUUAGCUCUAUUUUUGUGUGUGGAAGAGGGAGGGUUGUUGAGUAGAGAUAUUCUUUUUACUUUUUUCUUUUUCUUUUUCUGAUUGCAAAAAUAGGGCACAUUGUAAAAAUUCAAAUGAGAUGGAAGUUAAAAAAUAAAGAAAUCCUGUUACUCCUAUUUGUACCUCUCCCCAGAUAAACAUCAUGAAGUUUAUUGUCUUUUAGACC